AUGCCACCUCCCCCACCACCAGGACCACCACCUCCCCCAAAGGCCACUCCUCCUCCAAAGACUGCUGAGAGAGGAGCCCUUCUCAACUCCAUUCACAAAGGAGCAAAGUUAAAGAAGACAACCACCAAUGAUAGAUCUGCCCCGCAAACAGUUACACCCAAGGGAGGAGCUGGAGGCGGCGGCGGCGGCGGUAUGCCAAUGCCAGGAGGUGGAAUGCCACGUCCAGGUGGCGCCAAGCCAAUGGGCGGCGGCGGUAUGAGUGCUCCAAGAAGCGAGGACUCUGGUUCCUCAGCCCCACAGCUUGGAGGUUUGUUUGCUGGUGGAAUGCCAAAGCUCCACAAGCCAGCAGCUGCCCCUGCUUUUAAGAAGCCACCUCCAAUGAUGGCACCAGUAGCUGCAGCUCCACCACCCUCAAUGAUGUCCAAGCCAGGCCCACCCCAGUUCAAGCCACCUCCCCCUGUUUCCGCUCCACCCUCAUCCUCCCCACAAAUGAAGCCAAUGGCCAAACCACCCCCUAUGAUGUCAAAGCCAACUCCACCACCUCCAAUGAUGUCUAAACCAACUCCACCACCUCCAAUGUCCAAACCAACUCCACCUCCACCCGUCGGAGCCACCAGAGCCCCACCAGGACCACCCCCAGCGGCCAGAGGCCCACCACCCCCUCCAACCAGAGCCUCCACCACCCAGUACGACGACAGCGAGUUGAGAGCUGCUCAAUCGACCAUCAGUGAUUUGGAGUCUCGUUUGGCUGAUGCACAGAACAGGAUCAGCGAGCUCGAGAGUCAAUUGCAUCAGGCACAGUCCUCGUCAGGUCCCAAGGGAAGAAAGGCAGUUGCCAUGUACGACUAUGAGACCGACGCACAGCUGCACGAUCUCUCCUUCAAGGUUGGUGAGUAUAUUACUGUUACCGAGCAGAACGGAGACUGGUGUACCGGCACCAAGACUGGUCCAUUCCCAACCAGCUUUAUCAAAUUCGAAUAA